ACAGAAGAAUGAUUAUUGUUGUGGCUUGUGGGCAUGGCUCUUUAACUACUAACAAUAUGGCGACUGGUGAAGAUAAGCAGGAAAAAAGUUCUAAAGAUGAAUUUGGUGCUUUGGAUGAUCUCCUUGAUUUUGAGUCCAUUGAGCUUUUAGACGAAGACUUUAACGACAUAGUGAGCAUCAGGAAACUGAGUGACUCUACAGCUGACAAACUUACUUUCACCGUAUUCCUAAGCAACGUCAUGCUCACUGCCUUCCUUGCUGGCUAUGUCCCUCAGUAUUUUUACUAUUGGCAUUCAGUGAAAUCAGUUGCUCUUAUUCUUAUAAGAUGGCUCAUAUACAAGCGAAAAAGAUGGCAUUACUUUCUUUUUGAUUUUUGCUACUUUGUCAACUUGCUCCUCUUUGUGUACUUCUGGUCCCCGUGGAAGCCCAACUGGUUGUUCCCAGCCAUAUUUGUUCUCUCCCAUGGCCCACUCCUCUUUGCCAUUCCCCUCUGGCGAAACUCUGUAGUACCUCAUUCACUUGAUAAAAUGACUUCUCUCUUCAUUCACAUUUCACCUCCAUUGGCUACUUGGGGAGUAAGAUGGUUUUCAACUCCAGAGCAAGGGCUCGUGCUCUGUUCAAAGCCGUCAGCUCCUGGUCCAAGGGGAUGUGAUGAUGUUGGAUGGGUGGAGCUGAUAGUCUGUCCGCUAGGGGUAUACUUGGUUUGGAUGUUGUUGUAUGUUUUUGUGGUAUUAGUCUGGAAGAAGAAGAGGGUGAGAGAGAGGAGCUAUGUGACCAGCGUUGGCUGGAUGACUGAGAGAGUCAAAAAAGGUUUUUUAUACAAACUUUUCAGCAUAUGUGGGGAAAAGUACUUAAAGUACAUCUACUUCUCCUGGCAGACCGUUUAUACUUGCUUAGGCAUAUCAUCGGCUUUUGUCUCUUAUCACUGGAUGGAAUAUGGUGUGAUUCUCAUGUCUGUGACCAUGGUCAUUGCUUGCUAUAACGGAGCUAGUUUUUACAUUGAUGUCAUUGGACACAAGUACUACGAACUGAAAAUGAACAAGAACAAUGACUAGAAGAAGAAAUAACAUACCAUACACAUGUGUGUAUGUAUGCAUAUUAGGUUAUACUAAUAUUGUCUUUUCAAUUUCUCAUUUGUAUUUGAUUGGGACUCAGUUUUAAAUCGAAA